AGCCGAACGUAAUAGUGUUAAUUUCGUAUAGUGGUACAAUUAUUUGUGGUGCACUCGUAUCGUCCGAAGGAUUGCGGUGUAUCAUCGCCCGAGGACUUUUUUUUUUUUUUCUGUGAGACUAUCGCAGUCCGCGCCCAAAGUAUUUUUAGCUGGUACUUUAGACGGUAGUCAGCCAGUUACCGGUUCACCAGUGCCGGAGUAGUAGGUAUCCGGUAAUCUUGGGAAAAGUGUGAGCUUCGCCGAUACGAUCAUGCCGUCUAUAAACGGCAUCACGCUAUCGAGGUUUAAUUGGGUUAUCGUUGGCCUGGCUUGUCUCGUGGUCCAAGACGUCGCCACGGUUCGCGUCUCCACCAACACCGUCAAACGAAAAAAGGAGGUUUUGUCCGGUAUCGCCGACCAGUCGACAGCCUCGUCUUUCUGGAGUCCGGCGAUAAAAACCGGAAAUGUAUUCGGAGGCCACGACGACACGUCGAGCUUUUUCUCCUCAGCCCACGGGCUCCUUCAAACGCACCCCAUAGACGGUGCGUUUCAGAGCGGGUUCGGCGGCAUCGAUAACCUCGGGAGCAGGGGAUCUACCGUAAGGCCACCCAGAACACGACCGCUAGAUUACAGCGAAAGAGCGACGGCCGAAUUAAGAAGAAAUCCGUCAUUGUCAGCACCGGAUGAGUGCGCUCGCGCGUGCCGCGAAGGCGACCCGCCAAGAAUUUGCUACUACCAUUUCACCCUCGAAUAUUACACGGUUCUCGGAGCAGCCUGUCAAGUCUGCACUCCCAACGCUACGAAUACGGUAUGGAGUCAUUGUCAGUGCGUUCUAGCCGAUGGUGUCGAGCGAGGAAUUCUGACCGCCAACCGAAUGGUCCCCGGUCCCAGUAUCCAGGUUUGCGAAGGUGAUCAGGUAGUGAUCGACGUUGAAAAUCAUUUGGAAGGAAUGGAAGUUACGUUGCAUUGGCACGGUCUUUGGCAAAAGGGUUCGCAGUACUACGACGGAGUACCUUUCGUCACGCAGUGUCCGAUUCAGCAGGGGAACACGUUCAGGUAUCAAUGGACAGCAGGAAAUGCCGGUACACAUUUCUGGCACGCUCACACGGGUCUUCAAAAAAUGGACGGUCUUUACGGAAGUAUUGUCGUCCGUCAACCUCCGAGCAAAGAUCCUAACAGUAAUCUUUACGACUACGAUCUUACCACACACGUGAUGUUGAUAAGCGAUUGGAUGCACGAAGAUGCCGCCGAAAGAUUUCCAGGACGUUUGGCGGUGAACACUGGUCAGGACCCGGAAACAGCUCUGAUCAAUGGAAAGGGUCAAUUCAGGGAUCCGAAUACCGGAUUUAUGACCAACACGCCGUUGGAAGUAUUCACCAUAACACCGGGUCGCAGAUAUAGGUUCAGGAUGAUUAAUUCUUUCGGCUCAGUUUGCCCCGCUCAAGUAACAUUCCAAGGACAUACCCUGACCUUGAUCGCCGCAGACGGAGAACCAGUUCAUCCCGUAAAUGUCAACACCGUAAUCUCUUUCUCAGGUGAGCGAUACGAUUACGUAAUAAACGCCGAUCAGCCUCCUGGCGCUUACUGGAUUCAGCUACGAGGUCUCGGAGAGUGCGGUAUCAAGCGAGUUCAGCAAUUGGCUAUUUUGAGAUACGCUAGAGGACCUCAUCAGCCGAGUUCCCAACCCCCGACCUACGACCUUGGUCUUCCUCAAGGAGUUGUCCUGAACCCGUUGGACGCGAUCUGUAACACGCCGCGCGACGACGCUAUCUGCAUAAAUCAAUUGAAAAACGCACGCCGCAUCGACGAAGGAAUUCUCCAAGAACGACCGGACGUCAAGAUCUUCUUGCCGUUCCGUUUCCUCUUUUACAGACCGGAAGAAGUAUUCCAGCCGAACACUUACAAUCGCUACCUCGUCGCACCGACGGGUGACCACGUAAUUUCCCUCGUUGACGAGAUCUCGUUCACCUUCCCGCCUUCACCGCCACUUUCUCAGAUCGAUGACAUUCCACCAGAACAAUUUUGUAACGGAGAUAAUCGCCCGGCGGAUUGCGGAGCGAAUUGCAUGUGCACGCACAAGGUUGACAUUCCCCUCAACGCGGUAGUCGAAGUUGUCCUCGUCGACGAAGUUCAACAGCCGAAUCUCUCCCAUCCGUUCCAUUUGCAUGGAUACGCCUUCCACGUAAUCGGUAUGGGUCGCUCACCGGACAAAAAUGUAAAGAAGAUCAACUUGAAACACGCCCUUGAUCUUGACAGAAGAGGUCUGCUCCACAGAGAAUUCAACCUUCCGCCAUCGAAGGACACGAUCGCUGUGCCGAACAACGGUUACGUGGUAUUCAGAUUCCGUGCCAAUAAUCCCGGCUACUGGCUGUUCCACUGUCACUUCUUGUUCCAUAUAGUGAUCGGUAUGAAUUUGGUCCUUCACGUAGGGACACACGGAGACCUUCCCCCGAUUCCUCCGAACUUCCCGACAUGCGGAGACCAUUUACCCCCGAUAACACCCCCACUACCGAUCGAAAGCUUUCACUGACCUUAACUGAAAGGAAAAGGUGAAUGAAAAAAAUUCAAUAAGCUCAUUAGCUGAGAGACGUUGGUCCAAAGCAAUUCACGUACUUGUAGUAUAGGUAUACUAACCUGAGGUAGAAUACCCAUGCAAGUAUUUUAUUACCCUCUUCAUACAAUGCUCAUCUCAGGAUCACCGGGGGGCGGCGAAAUUCGCGGUAAUUUAUAAUCGCUUGAAAGGUAAAGUAUAAUUAGAAAAUAGUCCUUCACUGAUUCUCCCGAUUCCCAUUUCCAUUUCCCUUCUGACCCCUUCCCGUGUGUGAAUUACAUUCGCGGUGAACAUCGCGAAUAUCGUGUUUAUUACCAUCUGGUUGAAUGGCUUUUUGAUUUUCAAAUGGAAGCCUGCGGGGAUUUUUCUAUUUUCCUGGGGGGGGGAGGGGGGCGGUAACACGACCUUGUCGUAUCGCAGACAAUGAGGUCUAUAUUUAUUUAACUUGAGAUGUUUUACGUGAUUUAUUUAUUCCUCGGUGCUUUAUUAUACUUUUAUCAUUACGAACGUUAUUAGUAUUACUACCGCUAUAGUUAGAACUAUGAUUAUUAUUAUCAUUAUUCUUAUUAGCAUCGUUAUGAUUAUUAUUAUUAAAAUUAUUUGUUUGUUUUCUUGUUUUUUUUUUUUUAUACAAUUUUGGAGCCCACUUAUAAAGUACGCAUGUGUGCGUAAUUCUAGUUGAUGUGCUUAUUUCAAGUGCGUGACGUGCGCACACAGGCGUAAAAAGUGAAAAUAAUUUCGAGGACGAUUAUUUUGUCGCAUAAUAAAACGCCAUCGGAUAAAAUUACAAGAAAAAUUGAAAUCUAAAAAUUGCACCAUCAUAGUAUACGCAUCAUCCACGUUCACAUCCGGUGUGUUUUCAUAAUAAUUUUAUUUAAACAAGACACAUAAAAUAUCUCGAAAAAUAUGCGUGUGAAUGUUGUACUAACAUAAUGUCUGUAAAUAAUGUAGAUGUAUAGGUAUUAAAUUUACUUUAAUUAUUAACGACGGAGAAACUGGGAUAAUAGUCUCUAUAGAUACAAGAUAUGCGGUGCAAAUUGUAGAAAUUAAGGAAUCAUUGUCAUUGGACUUCCGCUCAUCGCAACUCACAUUAUACAUGUAUACUCUCCGACUGUGCGAUUUUCUUCGUAAAAAAAAAAUCUUUCACCAGACUGGGUACGUAGUUUAAUUUAUUUUGUUGUGUAUUUUAUUUCUCUGCCAUCAGAAUCGAAGGAGCAUCAUGUGAGAAUACCUUAUAACUGAGGCUGUGAAAAGUAAAUAAAUACUACUUUGAUAUGAGAGAUAAUUUUCAUUGAAUCGCAGUGCGGAAAGAAGGGUCGCACGGGGUGUUUUUCUCAAGUUUCUCGAAAGAAAACGCGCGCGGUCCGAUCAACGCUGCCUGGUGCGUGAGGAUUUUUCUGCCAUAGCAUUCGUCCGGUUCUGAUAUUUUUGUUUUCAUCUAUUUUCGAUAAUCAUUUUCAAAAUUUUUUAUCCGUCAAUUGUAUGUAGUUUGCGACAGUGUAAAGUUUAUACAGACAUGAAUUUUUUUGCCCGUUGACCGCGCGGACGGUCGAAGGCAGGUCCUCCAAUCGGGCCAUUAUUCGACGAUAGAUUAACAAUUGCUGAGGAGUAACGCGAUUGUAUGGUAAAAAUGAAGAAGGAUCGUAGGAUUAUAAAUAUAAUGCAGCGUGAUUUUGAGUGGGAAAUUAUACAUUAUAAACAUAGGAUUGCGGAGAGGAUCAGUAACAAGGAACGGGUGCUACGGUAUAACUAAUUCAUAAAUGAAAAAAAAAAAAAAAAAUAUGAUUUUCUUUCAUCUGUUACCGAUGUAUGCUGUUGCGCCCGUUCCGGGCAUGUGGCGUUCAGAAUUAUAAGCAGAGAUAUGUAUUUUUAGUAAUAAAAUUGUUUUAAAAACUGUUA